CGCAACUACUUCCGCUCAGGUCAGUGUACGACGUGCCGUCUGCGCUGGUGAACUGCACACAUCAACAAGGAGAUAAACCAUUUCUCUCCAUAGCAGCUUGUUUCUAUAAAUACCUCUACUGCUCGCUACUACCUAGCAGGAUGAAUGUGGGUGUGGCACACAGUGAGGUGAACCCGAACACUCGGGUCAUGAACAGUCGAGGGAUCUGGCUGACCUACGCUCUCGGGGUUGGAAUACUUCACAUUGUGCUCUUGAGCAUUCCUUUCUUUAGUGUGCCGGUGGUGUGGACCCUUACGAAUGUCAUACACAACUUUGGGAUGUAUGUGUUCAUGCAUGCAGUGAAGGGCACUCCCUUCGAGACCCCUGACCAGGGAAAAGCCAGGCUGCUCACACACUGGGAACAGCUUGACUACGGCGUGCAGUUCACCUCAUCUAGAAAGUUCUUCACCAUCUCCCCCAUCAUCCUAUACUUCCUGGCAAGUUUCUACACAAAGUACGACACGACACACUUCGUCAUAAACACCGCCUCGCUUUUGAGCGUCCUGAUCCCCAAGCUGCCACAACUACACGGAGUGAGAAUCUUCGGCAUCAACAAGUAUUAAGUUAUCGUGAGCACUGUGCCUCAUAGCAGCAGAAGUGACUUCCUGUGUAGUGUGUGCCUCCGAUGUGUGUACCGAGUCGUACAGUUUGUCGUCGUUUAGAUGUAUCAGAUUGAGAUGAAAAGUUUCAAAGGAAGGCAGGAGUAGGUUCGUAGAGGACAGGAUGCCAUAUGCAUUACUAACUUAUGUGAAUAUUUAAUGAUGUAUUUUUGGCCUGCAUAGACCUGGGCUGGCCCAGGCAUCAGUGAGGCUUUUGGUUGUUUCUUUUUUUUGCCCUCAGUUCACAUGGCAACACAAACUGGGAGUAUGUCGCUAGCCACAGAGAAGCCCCAAAUGUAUUUUUCAAAGAUGUUUACUUCCUAAGGGUGAGGGGCCGGUGGCUCGUUGUUUUAUUGGUACACUCUCAUUUUGUAAUGGGUGUCAAACGUAUUCAUGCUGAGUGAAGAAUGGAAUCAUACUCUUUUUUUUGCACAGUUUCCUUGGUAUGUGAAUCAUUUGUAGCUCAAUCAGAACAGGGCAGGUUGUUUUCAUUGUACAGAUGUAUUUGUGAAUAUUAUGUCCUGUAUGUUAAAGAAGAAGUCCUGUGUUUAGAAAUAAGAGGAUAUGUUGUCUAAGUGUUUACCGAGGGAGGUCUACAGUAUCUCUGUGAUCCACUUACAUAAUGUAGCUGCUUUUCUUUAGAUUAUGACUUUGCUUUGCUAUCAUCAAGGCAGCUAGUUCUGCUUUGUUUGGCCAUAGCCAUUAGCUCUUGAUAUGUCUUGUUCUUUAAUCUUAUUAAAAUGUUUGAGCCCUCAA